AUGGGCAAAGAUCUAGGUCCCGGUGUCGGUUUCGAGUACCCUCCAUUUGAGGUGAAAUGGCUGAAGCGCGAUCUUUUACUUUUCGCAAACACCAUUGGAGCUACGUAUCCCGACGAGCUGCACUUUCUCUACGAACUCCACCCAGACUUCGCCGCCUUCCCAACCUACCCCGUCAUCCUCCCCUUCAAGCACACGGACCAAGAAGUCAUCGACUUCUACGCGCGCAGCAACUCAACACCUAUUGAAGGCGUGCCCAAAUUCGACACCAAGCACGUCCUCGACGGCGAGCGCAAGCUGCAAUUCUUCAAGCCGCUGCCGGUAUCAAGCCAAGGGCGGAGGUUUGAGAUACGCAGCAAGGUGCUCGGAGUGUACGACAAGGGGAAGCCAGGAACGGUUGUUGAGACGGAGCAGUGUCUCGUUGAUGCUGAGAGUGGGGAGGUUUAUACGAGGGCUGUGGGGAGUGGGUUUUAUGUUGGGCAAGGGGGGUGGGGUGGUCCGAAGGGUCCUAAAGUUCCAAACUUCCCCCCUCCAGACCGCAAACCAGACCACACACACAUCCACCAAACCAACAUGGAAACAGCGCAUCUGUACCGCCUAAAUGGCGACUACAACCCCCUCCAUGCGGACCCAGAGCCCGGCAAGAAAAUGGGCUUCGGUGGCCCCAUCAUCCACGGCCUCUUCUCCUGGAACAUGGCUGCGCACGCGGUGCUAAAGACCUUUGGCGGGAGCAAGCCUGAGAACCUAAAGGAGUUCCAGGCAAGAUUUGCGGCGCCGGUUAAACCGGGUGAUAAGCUGAUUGUGGAGAUGUGGAGGACGGGGGAUAAGGAUGAUGGUGGGUUUGAGGAGGUGCGGUUUGUGGUUCGGGUUGAGGGGGGGAAGGUUGUGCUUACGAAUGGGAGGGCGGUGGUUAGGUGUGUGGAUGGGAAGGCGAAGUUGUAG